AUGCUUGCAUCGGAAGCGGCCAUCGAAGAUCGGAUGAUGCAAGCCAUGAAGAAGUACCACCAACAUGUGACAUUAGAGGAGUUGGUGGAGUAUGGCAAAGAGCCCGAAUCGGACGUCUGCGGAGGAGAAGGGUUCAGUGCUAGCUUGACUAUCGCUUGCGCUCCAACAUCAAACUACGAAGAAGAAGUCGAAGCUUUCUACAUGGAUCUGGAGAAGUUCCACGGAGCAGAACAUACCUUCUACAAGGUCAUAAUUGGUGUUUUGAACGCCAGGAUUGACCCUAGAAGAACGCCUGAGGAACUUCACUUCGGGACCCACACCCUAUAA